AUGAAACUGAGAAUGUACAAGGAUGUAUACCGCUGCGAGAUUCCGAAAUGGGGAGAAGUGCUUCAUGAGGACGACGUUGAACCACACGCUGAAGUAUAUACGGAGAACUGCAAGAGGAAGACUGAGUUGAAUGAUUCGUGGGUUAUUGCAUACGGUAUCACGGGUACGUUGGUAAAAGUAUCCGGUUGA